AUGACACGAUACUUCUACGAUUGUCGCGUCCGAAAUGACAACGUCGUCGAGAUAAGCCGGCCGAAUGGAGACGAGCAGCUCGAAAUCUCUUUCAAGCGAACAGUCAGAAUCCCAGACAACAGUGACAAAUUCAACCUGCCCCCUGAUAUGGGUAAUUUUCCUCUUUACAAACCCGAGCAGUAUGCUCAAUCCCUGCCAGAGAGCAUUGUCGCCAAACGCGGAAUCUUCCUGCCAAUGUAUCAACUUGAGGCGAUGUGGAUCAACUUCGAGGCUACAGCACCGUUCGCGGUCAAGGUCUAUGCCGGGUCUAUCAACGCUGUCUCGGGUCAACCUGUUGCCAAAAGCGAUGCUAGCAAGGUGCAUCGACAAAGCCUUGUGUCGCAGAAGGCGUCCGUGCAAGACUACGUCGUUGUCCCUGGCCAGAAGUCGUUGGAUGGAUUUGCAACCGACAAUGGACUGGUACGACAGUUCGUUGCUACAAAGCUAGGAGACGGCUAUACCGUCGAGGCCCAGGUAACAGCACAGGAAGUGUAUGGCGGUCUGCAAAUCGAGGUUACUCCGGCUGUGGUUACUGGCCAGGACCGUCAAUCCCCAGUCCAAGCAAGCGUCAAAACUCUGACCGGGAACUCUCUGACGCUCCAUAUUGACAACCUAACAACGGUGGAAGACUUGAAGAAGGAGAUCGACCGAGAGAAGGUAUACCGGAGGAUCAGCAAAGAUGUAUUUUCGGCGGCAAACAAAUGGUGGACCGUAAGUCAGCCUGCGGUGCUCGAAUAUCGGGUGUUAACAAUUCCAGAUGCCACGGCUUUUUCCUAUACUGGGGGAAUAAAGGUCCGUGUCCUCCAUCAAGCUCUUGGUACACACUGCACCAUGCAAGUGGUGCUGAGAUUACGUGGUGGCGGUACAGUGCCAGGAGCUAAAUCUAAGGAGAUGGGGUUAGCAGCUGGCGGCUCGAUCAAGCAAGUCAUCGUUCCGGACGGGUACCCAGUUGCAACUUGGCAUAAAUCCGCAACAAUCGUCUUCAAUGUUCAGCUUCUUGAUGCAGCGAAUUUCGAAGCUGUCACUGGGCUCCUAGCACCAGAAACUCCGAUAACCAUGGACACUUACGCCGAGCUUGGGUUACCGUUUUUCAAACUUCAUGAGCAUCCAAGCGGUGUACACGGUUCGUUUGAGCAGGUGAAAUCUGUGGGAGAAAUGAUUGGUACGAAGGAGCAGACGGUGAAGGUCCCGGUGCAUCAUAUCAACAAGCCUACAGCAGUCAAUGCGCAUGAUCAGCCGAGGAAGAACACCCCUGACACAAAGGUCGCUGAUAUUACAAACCCAGCCGGACCUCUCGAGGAUUUUCGUCACAUUGCCGAGCUUGCGAAAGAACUUCGACUUAUGAAGCUGGCUAAGUCGGAUGACCAAGAGGACUCGGAUGGCCAAGGGGACUAG